GGUCUCUGGCUCUCUUGCGUCUUCUCUUGUUGGACUGACCGAGGAGCUAGCGAGCCAAGCAAAGCAAGCAUGGAGGCCGGCGGCGCAGGCGAGGUGCGGCACUGGAACGCGGACGUCAAUGACAUCUCGCUCCACGUCGCUGAGCAGGGACCCGCCGCCGGGUCGGCAGUCCUCCUCCUCCACGGCUUCCCGGAGCUCUGGUUCUCAUGGCGCCACCAGAUGGCUGCACUCGCCGCGCGCGGCUUCCGCGCUCUCGCCCCCGACCUCCGCGGCUACGGAGACUCCUCCGCCCCCGCCGACCCUACCGCCUACUCCAUCUUCCACAUCGUCGGCGACAUCGUCGCGCUCCUGGACCACCUCGGCCUCCCCAAGGUGUUCGUCGUGGGGCACGACUGGGGCGCGCUGGUGGCGUGGCAUCUCUGCUUGUUCCGGCCGGACAGGGUACACGCCGUCGUCAAUCUGGGGGUGCCGUACUUUCCCCGCAGCCCUCGCCCGAUGACGGAGUCCUUUGCGGCGCUCGGCGACAGCUUCUACAUUGUGCAGUUCCAGGAGCCUGGAAGGGCUGAAAGGGCAUUUGGUCGCUAUGAUGUUGCGACUGUCCUAAAGAAAUUCUACUCCAUUGAAAUCGAUGAACUCAUUGCUCCUCCUGGAGUAGAGAUGAUAGACUUUCUUGAGGCACCUUCAUCGCCACUUCCCUGGAUCACUGAGGAAGAACUUGGUCAGUAUGCCGAAAAGUUCCAGAAGUCUGGGUUCACUGGACCCCUCAACUACUACCGCAUGUUGGACACGAACUGGAGACUUACUGCACCUUGGAAUGGAGCGAAAAUCACAGUGCCUGCUAAGUUUAUUCUUGGCGAAAAGGACAUUGGUCUCCAGUCCUUUGGAACUGAGCACUACGUCAAGAGUGGGGGUCUAAAGUCCAGUGUUCCAGAUCUUGAGGUUGCGAUCAUCGAAGGUCACCAUUUCCUCCAACAAGAGCAGGCCGAGAGAGUGAAUUCUGAGAUACUUUCCUACCUGGUCAAGUUUACCAGUGAGGCAUCAGCUUGAUUUUGCCUCAAUCAUGCCUGAGAGAAAGAUGGUAUAAGAUAUUCUCCAAUCUAUGGGAAACCGGAUGUCUGGAAAUUAGCUUUUCUUAACUGAAAAUGGUGUAGCUGAUCGACUUUUGUGCUUCAAUAAGUGAGAGCUAGCCAUCAAUUUGCAUGCUUAUAGGAAUAAAAAGAGCUUGUAAAGUACUUGGUACUCAAACCUUUUGUAGCGGCAUGGUGUUAUUUGAAGCACUGUAUUUUGUUUCCAAUCUCCCUGAAAUUCGUAUGGGCACCAUGACUGAAAGCAGUAAGGGAUCUGAGGAAGAUAAUUAGAAUAGA